GCGAUAACAGGAAAACCUCAGCAACAACCCGUGCGGGGUAUGUGAGAAGCCAUACAUAUCACCCUCGUACAAGGCUGAGAUUCAGCCUUUUCAAUUGGCCAGGCAGCACUCCCCCGUUCCACGAUGACUGUGCCCAUUCCAAUCUUUUCCUGCCGUGUAACGGCGCGGUUUAAUGGUUAUCUCGCGCUUAGCGGGGGAGCUGAAAGACGUGUUGGGUGUUCAGUGGUCUCCCUCAUGAUGGGGGAGGGCUGCAGUGUCCUUCGACAUGCGGGAGUGGCGUUCCGGACGACGUGCAGGUGGGUGCGUUACAACUUAUGCAGCUGAUGUGAUGGAGCGUAUGUAUACUGUAUAACGACGCGAAUCCUUCAGCCUUCUUCUCACAAACAUCACGCAACCCUUUUUGUUUCAUCUUUGAUAUAUCACUCGAGUUUAGGAGAUGGUGAAGAACAAGGGAGAGGCCGCGAAAGAGCAGCCGGUGGAGGACCCCCAACCCGCGAAGAUGUCCAAAUCUGCGAUGGGCCUUCUACCGCAAGUUCAGAGGCCAAAAGUCUCGCCCUACUGUAGUUCGCCGAUUCAACUACAAUUCGGUACGGAAAAUAAAGCAUACUACGUUCCGAUGGACUUGUUGCAAACCCCGAAGUGGAUCGAACAAUCGAGAUUCUGGAACCCAACCAUCCAGCUGCCCGAUGUUGACGAGGAGAUUGGACACGUCUUGGUGCAUUACCUGUACACCGGUGAAUAUCAGACACUCAACAAUGCGGACGCUUCUCAGUCUGCCGUCGAUGUCGAGUUCAAAAAAGCAGUCUCGACAUACACCGCAGCAGAGAAGUAUGUCCUACCGGGACUAUCAAGCCUGGCGAAAGAGCGAAUCGAGUCGCUCAGCGAGGAGAUGAGAAUCCACGAGAUCAUCGAAUCCAUCGACUCGCAAAUGUCCAAGUCAACCGCCGGUCGCACUUGGCUUGGUUCCUUCCUGGAGGCAAAGCUGAGCUCGGCUUUUGAAGAAGAUUACGCAGACUUUGCGGACAACGAGAUCUGGAUGAUGAUGAAGGAUCCGACUCUGAUCGGAGACGUGGCAUACUACAUCUGUAAGCUGUUUGGCAGUAAGGUCGCCGAUUUAAGCAUGCAGUUGACACCUGAGUCGACUGAGAUUGAGGGGCACGUUGACGUCAAGGAAGACGCAUGCCUUGUGGAGGUCAUACCUCCUCCAUCAGAGCUUCCAGAACAAGCGGAUACCGAGCCAGCUGUCGAACCAGAAACUCCCUGUCCAGAGCCCCAGGCUGAGCUCAUGGUCAAAGCAUCACCCUGCGAAGCCAGUGCCGAAGAACCACCUCCAUCGGCCACGCUAUCAGUGGACGAUGAAGACGGCCUACCCAAGGAUCAAACGGAGCGGAACAGAUUGCUGAUGGAAGCCUCCACCAAAGCAAAGAUGGAAGCCUUAGUUGAAAAGCUGACCGAUCUUACGGGCUUGUUACCGAAGAAGAAGCAGAAACGAAUCAUAGCGCUGAGGAGAGCCUGGACAGCAGAGAGAGAAGCCUUAAUCGAACAACGCGAACGAGACAUGGCCGAACAACGCGAACGAGACAUGGCCGAACAACGCGAACGAGACAUGGCCGAACAACGCGAAAGAGACAUGGCCGAACAACUCAAAAGAGACAUGGUCGAACAACUCAAAAGAGCCUUGAUCGAAGCGCCGCCUGCUCCCCCACUAGACUACCAUGACGACGAUCCCAUACAGUUCUCAUUCUAUGCUUCUUCCCGCGCAGGACACGAGUCAUUGAUUGUAGAAAGGCCACCAAUAAUGAACGAUAUCAGCUGGAUCACCAAGAUGAAUUCUGCAGAGGCCCAGAACAAGCAGAUGUUGAUGAACGACACUGUUGCUGAGGAGGUAGUGGCCCCGCCGGUUGUGGAAGAGCCCAUGAUGGAAGAGGCAUCGCCAAUCACUGACGGCUGGGGUGCUUCUAUGACAAGGAAGUUAAGCAAAAAAGAGAAGAAAAAGAAAGGCGCCAAGGCAACUAAGAGUGAGGAAGCCGAGUUCUUUGAAUUAACAUCUCAAGAGCCCGAGCUACAGCCAGAACCAGUGGCCCAGCCAGACGACGGCUGGGGGUCCUGGGGAAUCACUCCCAAAGACAAGAAGAAAAGUAAAAAGAAGGCCAUGUCUACUGAGGUCGACGAACCGGCAGCUGUGGAGUCAGAGCCACCGCCACCGCCAGAGCCAGAGCCAGCGCCAGUGGCCCAGCAAGACGACGGCUGGGGAACCUUCAACUUCGGCACUACUUCGACCAAAAAGAAGAAAAAGAAGGCAGCGCCAGAGCCCGAACCAGCCCCUGAACCUGAACCGGAGGAAGAAGACCCCUGGGACUUCAACCCCUUGGGUAGCAAAAAUAAGAAGGGCAAGAAGAAGGGCAAGCUUGAGGUGCCAGCACCUCCUCCGCCAGAGCCCGAACCGGCCACUGAACCUGAACCAGCGCCAGCACCACAACCAGCACCGGCGCAAGAUGACGGCUGGGGCUUCACCUUCGGAAGCACCUCGACGGGUAAGAAGAAGAAGGUUAAGAGCAUCAAGCCAGCAGCACCUCCGCCCGAGCCAGAGCCAACCCCACAGGCAGAGCCAACCCUAGAAGCAGCACAAGCGGCAGAAGCGGCAGAAGCACAACAAGCAGCAGAAGCACAACAAGCAGCAGAAGCACAACAAGCAGCAGAAGCACAACAAGCAGCAGAAGCAGAACAAGCAGCACAAGCAGCACAAGCAGCAGAGGCAGAAGCCGCCCUCGACGCCCCGGUCGGCAAGAAGAAGAAGAAAAAGGGCAAGAGAGCCAUUUCUCCCUCUCCUCCUCCGCCCGAGCCAGAGCCAGUCCCAGAAGCAACACACAUGCCGGAUGCGCUCAACCCGGGCGACGUCCAACCCGCCAACUACUGCUUCUUCUGGGUCUCACACAUGGGGUCGGGAGCCUGGAGGAAUUGCAACCAAUGCCGCAGCUUCAUGGCCGAUGCCGUGAAUGGGACGGCAGCGGCUAAGGACCCGGUGUCUGAGAGUAGCGGUGGGUUUGAGAUUGUGGAGUGAGAUUGCAAUAGUCAGAAGGGGGAGGGAGGAAGAUGAUGUGUGUGCUGGUGUUUGAGAGACGAUUUUCGGUUAUUGGCUGUUUCUGUUUCGGUACUGGAUUUCUUAUGUUCUGGGAAUGAUUUAAUGACCUGCUUUAUGAUAGAUAAAGUAUGCUGUAUUCGGUAUGUUUGCUUUGCUUUUUAUAACUUUCGAGGUUUCACAUGUUCCAUGCAAGAUGAGUUGGGUGAACCUUUUUUCCGAUUUCUUUUUUGAUAUCUCUAUCGGAUUCGUAACCGUGAUUCCGUAUCGUACAACAGUUGAUCGAGUAGCAUGUCCGCCCCUUCGCUCUAUCUCUUGACGAAUAAGGUGAACCUAUCCCUGAAGACGUCUCUUACACCCCCCUUCUUCAUCUCGAAUAUAUGAAAACUCCAAUGCCCAUGCUGGAAUAAAAAAAAA